AUGAUUAAGGGAAUUCUCAUUGUCAAUAAUCAUGGUAAACCACGUAUUGUCAAGUUCUAUGAGCAUGUGCCUGAUGCAGAACAACAGGCUGUAAUUCAAGAUAUUUACACACAAGUGUCAAAACGUCCGGAUACACUUUGUAAUUUCCUAGAGGGCACCGUCCGGUAUUGGGGUAGUGGGGUGAAGCUCAUUUAUCGACAUUAUGCAACUCUAUACUUUGUCUUUGCAGUGGAUCAGCAAGAAAGUGACUUGGGAAUCUUGGAUUUGAUACAAGUGUUUGUAGAAACACUGGAUAAGAUCUUUGAAAACGUAUGCGAAUUGGAUUUGAUUUUUCAUAGUGAUAAAGUUCAUUAUGCGCUGGAUGAGAUUGUCAUGGGGGGGAAUGGUACUUGA